AUGACUCGUUUCUUAAUCGCCACGACUGCGCUUCUCGCUAUUGUGGUCUCCUCCAUGUCCACUCAAUUGUCAAAUUCGCUUCAAACGCGCGAAGAUAUUGAGCCAGGAAGCCCCCUGUACAACUGUCAUGAAGCUUGCGAAUCCAUUUCCCCCGGGGAAGCUGAUCAAGUUCUACCGCGACUAGGCGAAGUCAUCCUCAUCUCCGAGACUGACAACUACUGCAACAAUUCGACAUUUACCUCGGACCUCAAAUCCUGCCUGAAAUGCGCGGAAACAUACGACAUCUGGAAGUACUAUGGUACCAAAGUGAAAUUGGCCGCGUCGGGUUGCAACGAUGAUGCGACCCCCAGCCCAUCUUCUGCUACCUCGGAAGCGGCUGUUACUGCCACUACAGGUGUAAACAAUACUUCCACUUCCAAUACUAGCAACGCCACUGUGUCGACUACUUCCACUGCUUAUACUACGGGUACAACUCCGGGCACAGCUGCGACUGCCACCAACACCACCACCACUAAUGGAGCUGUGUCUUUUGUUCAACAAAACGCGGCUCUUCCUGCAAUCAUGGGGCUCUUGGCUUGGGCUCUGACAGCAUAA